CCUCAUCGCUGCUUCGUCGCCCCCUCCAUCACCCCGCCGAUUCCGUUCUCCCCUGUCCUUCGAGUGUCCUGCCUCUCAUGGAGCCGCAACAGCUUGAGUGGGCUUUCAUCCAAUGGAUCAACACCUUCGACAAUCUCCCUCGCGAAUGCCAUCAGAUCGAGGAUCUCUCCGAUGGCUCGAUUCUCCUUGACAUCCUCAUGGAUAUCGACUCGGGCUGGUUCAAGUCCAUCCGCGCCGUCGAAGCUGGAGACAACUGGGUCCUCAAGUUCAACAAUCUCAAGAAGCUCCACAAGCUGCUGCUCGGAUACUAUGAGCAGAUUCUUGGUCAAAUCACAACGGGCCUGGCUGCCCCCAACGUCACCGCCAUCGCCCGAGACGCCGACGUUUCCGAGACCCUGAAACUCGUCCAGCUCGUCCUGGCGCUUGCCGUCCAGUGCGAAAACAACCAAAAGUACAUUGCACGCAUCCAGAUGCUCGACCAAGAGUCCCAACACAUUCUGAUGCUCUGUAUCGAGACGGCAAUGGAAAAGCUGAGAAACGGAAGCUCGGGGUUUCGCCUGACCCCGCUGACUCCAAGGGACGAGCUGGACGGAUUUGGACAAAGCGACUUGCUGAAUCAGAAAGCACAACUCGAGCGGGACAAUCUGGCACUCACUCAGGAGCUCUCCAACCUGCGUAAUCAAUAUGAAGAGCUCGAGACGGAUAAGCUGGAGGCCGAAAGCAAACUGAAGGAUCUUGAAAACGCUGCGAUGGAUAUGUCAGAGGCCGGCUCAGCGGAUCUCAUCCUCCGGUCCGAAAUCAACAAGCUCAAGGCCGAGCUCGAGAAGAGUGAAAACAAACGGAUCGACUAUGAGCAAACGGUCGAGAUCCAAACGACCCGCAUCAACGACCUCAUUCGCAAGCUCGACGACACCAAGAAACUUGCCGACGAGGCAUCCAUUCUACGCGACCAGGUGGAGGAGUUUGGCCACCUUGCUGAUCGCCUGCAAAAGUCUGAGGCCAUGCUUGAGAAGUACAAGAAGCGCCUGGAAGAAAGCGCAGACUUGCGCAAGCAAAUGAGAUCAGUGGAAGACCAAAACAACCUCCUCAACCAGCGCAUCGUUCAGCUGGAGGACGACAAUCGGAAGAUGAUUGCCUUCCGGUCACUCAUGGACACGUACAAAGAGCAGAUCGGCACACUUGAGCAGAAAAACUCGACCCUGCAAGUCGACAACUCGCGAUUGGACUUUGAGCUGAAGGAUGCCCGCGGCAAGGUCGAGCGCCUGGAGCUUGAGCGGCGCGAAGAUAUGGAGCGCAUCAGCAACCUCGAGGACCAGCUCCGGGAAGUGGAGCUUGGCGGCACCUCAACGCACGCCCUGAGCAAGGACUUGGAAAGCACCCCUGACACCAACGUCCCUGCCCUGCACCGACGCAUUGCCGAGCUCCAGAACCAGGUCGAGCAUCUCAAGUCCGUCGACGUCAACGGCGAGCGCAUUAGUGUUCUGGAAAGCCUUCUCGAGGACUCGAACCGCCUCAAGAGCAAGUUCGAGACGGACUACAUGCAAGCUUUCCAGCGCAAUCUUGCACUCGAGAAUGAAAUCCAACAGCUCAAAGCCGUCAACGAAGCCAACAGCCAGGCCAGCAAGCCCGAGCCCGUGGCGAGCGCCGAUAAGAGUGGCCAUGAUCAGACUCUGCAGAUCCAGAUCCUCAAGAAGCGGGUGGCUGAGCUCGAGCGUGCACUCAGCGAGACCCAGCUGACAGCCCAGACACCGGCACCCAUGACUUCCAUGACGUCGUCGUCGUUCAUGGUGUCCACCCCCAACCACGUCGACUUUGACAAGCUCCGACGACAGCAGGACACGCUCUCGGAGGAGAACCGCUUCCAGAUGGCACAGCUUAACAAGCUCUCUGUCGAGAAGGACUCGCUGCAGUCGGCCCUGCUCGAGGUGCGCGAGCAGCUGAUCCAGACCGAGCGUGUGAACCAGAACCUCAAGGCCGCACUCACGGCGGUUGAAACCAAGGGCUCUGUCUCGACAGAAGAAACCGCACAGCGCCUCGCCUUGGCGACGCAGAAGAUUGUGCAGUUGUCCGAGCAGAGCCAGCAGCUGCACACGGCCCUUCGAAAGUCCAAGGAACAUAUUCUGGCCCAGGACAAGCAGAUCCGCGAUCUCAGGAGCAACGCACAGGAAAACUACGCCGAGGCGAUCGUGUCGCUGGAAGUGCAGCUCAAGGAGCGCGAAGAAGAGCUCAAGCGGGCGCAAAACGAGCUGCUCGACACUCGCAACGCAGCCAAGCGCGAACAGAAGCUCAUGAUCUCGGCGUGGAACAACCUCGGCAUGGAGGUCCAGCACAAGAAGCUCCUGACAACCUCGACCGGCACCGGCCGCGGCAUCGGCGCGGGCUUCAUGGGCACCACUUCCAUGGGCCUGAGCAACUCGUGGCUGGCGCAGCAGCGCAAGCAGAUCGAGCUCAACAUUCGCGGCCGCUGAGCACCGCUGCCUCGGUGGAGCCAACGGGCCCUUUCCCACUGCAAUAUCACUGUCACCCCGCUUCCCUGC